AUGGAUGAUCCACUUCUUGUUAAUGGUUCUGAUGCGGUUAGAAAGGAAUACAAUAUAGUUCACAACCAGAAUAAAACCAAAAUAUCCAUUAGCCAUGUUUACAAGCAAACACUGCUUUCUCGUUUCAAUUUCAUGAAAGGUUAUACAACUAAAGUCAUUAAGAACAAAUAUGAUUCUGUAAGAACAUCCAAAGAUGUAUAUUUGCUAAGUAGGGAUGACAUUAGAAAUUAUCUUAGCAAAUCAUAUAAGUAUUUGCAUAUUGGGUUGGUACAAUUUUCCAUAACUCGCUACAACAGAUGGUUCUAUCAAGACUCAGUCCCUGUGUUGGUAUGCUUAAUCGAUUCAAAGUACUGCAACUAUGAAGACUCUAUAUUGGCAAGAAUAAAUUCAGAUUUGUCUUUUGGUUCCAUGGAGUUUAAUUGGUUCCCAAAUUUUUCAUCCUCUCUUUCUGAUUUAACCAAUUCUAACGGCUUGGUGGUUACUAUAGAUUUUCUAGAAUCUGAAAGAUUUAAGGUUGAGUGUCGAGUAUGUUUUAAAUUAAUGAAGAAAUCUCUUAAACCUGAUUAUUUAUUCAAAAAUCCUAUAAUAGAGGUAAACACCCGAAAAGUUAGUGUUCAUGUCCCAAAAUCUGAUAACCAGACUUAA